AUGGAUGACUUCCAACCAGUUCCAAAUCCAUACGUAAAUGGAGAUUCUCGCGGAGGCUCUAAGCAGCUCCCUCUAAUUACUUUUGGUGCUGAAUUUAGUCUUAUGAUGAUGAUGACCAUGCUACUUGUUGAGCUUAAUGAGGAAUUACAGUUGAUGCUGGCACAGCAACAACAGAGAACCACCGUUUUCAGAGAGAUAUCCAUCGAUGGUGAGCUGGUAAGUGAAAUUGGCCGUGGUUUGAUGGUUCUUGUUGGUAUUUCGCACGACGAUGAAGAGAAGGACCUCGUCUACAUGGCACGGAAGAUAGUGAACUUGCGGAUAUUUGACGACCAGGCCAAGCAGAAGAGAUGGGACAAGAGUAUUAAAGACGUUGAUGGUGAAGUUCUUUGUGUUUCACAGGUACUGUUUCCUUAA